AUGGCGUCCGGCGAUGUCAAGUACUGGGACACCAGCUACGGCAAGACUCUGGACCAGCUCGAUGGCUUCAUCGCCACCAUGGAGUCCGGCAGCGGGGACGCACGGGAGGACGCCAUGUCGGAAGCGAGCAGGUCGCUCAAGCGUCUCGCGGGGAUGAGGAGGAGCUACAACCUCGAGAUCAAGCUUCUCAAAGACCCCAACACGAAGGCGCAUUACAAUCUGGAAAAGUCCCAGAAGGACUCCCGUUACGCGACGCUCCAAAGCAGAUUCGACGCCGCAAAGGCAAGCGGUGACAGCACGCGAGACGAGCUAUUCGGGGGUCGGAGAGACGUGGAAAGCGGGGAGGCGCAGGGUAAGUCGGCGGAGGCGAAGCUGACCGAGGCGGACCAGUACCAGGAUAAGACGGAGGCGGCCUACAAGAACAUGAUAGGGGUGCUCCAGGAGACGGAAGCGACGGCGGACACCACCGCGGUGGAGCUGACCAAACAGCGCGAGCAGCUCGCGCGCAUCACCGAGGACGUGACCGAGAUCGAUUCGCUCUUGACAAGGGCGGACCGGCUGGUUAAGGUCUUCUCCAAGCGGAUGAUGACCGAUAAGUUCAUCCAAUGCUUCGGGUGUCUAAUCGUCACCAUACUGGUGGCGAUCAUCGUCUACGUGGUGGUCCAGCAAGUAGAGCUCCCGGGGGGCGAUGACAACGAUGUCCCUGACCCAGCCGCAGGAAGUUAAUCAAUUGAGCCGUUUUGGCACCGACAUUUGGUACGUCCGUGGGGACGGGAGGGAACCUCACCUUGCGCCAACGAAAAGAGUAGGCUCAGCCGGGCGUGACGAUUUUUGUUUGCGAGAUGUCUGCUGCAAGGAACAUGUGUCCAGGGCACUAGCUUUUUGUACCAGGUACUUAUUUGUAGGAUUGUUUUGUUAGGGGUGGGGUUGAGAAGAAGUGGGGUUUCCUUGGGCGCGCAAUUUGUUUGUUGUUAGCACUCUGGGCGGCUGUACACGCGCUCUCACCGAAUGGGCAGGAGAUCGACUGCUCGUGACUGAUCCCCCCAGCGGUGUAAGUUUUUAUGUUGAGGCUGGGGGAUGAUUUUUGCCCCGCAGCCUCGACAUGGGGUAAGGGUUAGUGGUGUGAUAUUUGUACUUUUAGCCAGUCUUGUUGUGCAGAAUGGGAGGGAGAAGCAGACACCGGCAGCCACCCCCGUCCGCCGCUGACUUACCAGUACUUGUAGCUGUUGGAUGUGUGGUCGAAGGACCAAAGUUUGUUGUGUGUGUGUGUUGUCGUAGGCGGACGUGCUAUUGAGCACCUCGCGCCUUUGGCAGAGGCUUUAGUGGUGUUUUGUUGCCCGCGUUUUUUUCGGCAGUGGAAGCAAAGAAAAGGGCCCGUAAGGAGUUCAUCGCACACUUGACGCGGCAUCAUGCAAGUAGCGUCCACUCAGGCUUUUCCCCCCAAAGUGCCGUAUUGUGUGUUUGGUGUGAUUGGUCGACCAUACGCCAUCGGCGGAUCAAUCGGUUGGUGGCUCGACGGAGAAAGGAGAAACGCGUCGCUGACACCUCCGGGGGCAGAAAAUCCCCAAACUCCG